GUUAACUAUAGCACAAAUAAAUUUUGCAGCUGAAACCAAGCAGAAGGGUUUUUCUCUCUGCUUGUAGAAAUGGUUUGCUUUUGCUUUCUAGUAGACCAGCGGAGGAAGGUGUGGCGGAGCAAGCCGGUGGCGGGGUCAUGUUCGCGGUGCGGGCGUGGAGCAAGUGUGGCUGAUAUCAGAACGUCAACGAGGUUUUGUUACGUUCCGUUUUACUGGAAAUCUUGGAAAGCUGUUAUGUGUACUUUCUGUGGAGCUAUUCUUAGAUCUUACAGAUAAAUUUUGCUGCUCAUAUACAUGAUGAUUUAUAAAGCUAGCUCUGUGUUUUUAUUUCUAAUUAUCUUUCUGUAUUAUUCUGAGUUCAUGGACUCAAUAGACUUCUUCUGACUUCUGAGGUUGAGAACUUGAGAUGAUCAAAGAGGGCGUUUCUGCUUUCUACAAU